GUUGCUUGCGCCUGCGGCCUGCAGCGCUGCGGGCUUCAAAUGUUGCCCAUCCUGGAGUGAUCAACUCAUCUCUUACAUCCAUCUCCUCCUCCUAGCAAUACAAUUGCUUUGUUACUGGGCUGCCCUACUGGCGUCAAUGAGCGUUCAAUUUCACGUCACUUCGAUUUCUUUCUUCCCUUUCAGCCUUGUCUUCACUCUAGUGUCAUAGUCCCUGCCUCAUGGUUGCUCCUCAUCAAAACCGCUUCGUUCUCUAAGCAGGUCACUCUCCUGCGUCCCCACUCUCAAUCCCAACCACUCUGCAACCCAGCGCAAUGCCUCGCGACAGGUAUGCCCGCCAGUCUCUGGGUGCAACCCAGCGACUCGUGAAAGAGUCCCGCGUCCUCCUAGUCGGUGCCGGCGGUAUCGGCUGCGAGCUGCUCAAGAACCUCGUCCUCACUGGCUUCGGCGAAAUUCACGUCAUAGACCUUGACACGAUCGACCUCAGCAACUUGAACCGCCAGUUUCUCUUCCGACACGAACACAUCAAGAAGCCCAAAGCACUGGUCGCAAAGGAUGUGGCUCAGAAAUUCAACCCGAAUGUCAAACUGUUCGCUUACCAUGCCAAUAUCAAAGAUAGACAAUUCAACUUGGAGUGGUUUUCGGGCUUCAAUAUCGUCUUCAAUGCGCUUGACAAUAUGGACGCCAGACGGCAUGUCAACAAGAUGUGCUUGGCUGUCGAUGUGCCCUUGGUCGAAUCCGGCACCACAGGCUUCAGAGGCCAAGUGCAGGUCAUUAAGAAGGGCGAGACUGCUUGCUACGACUGCACUCCUAAGACUACUCCGAUUUCCUAUCCUGUCUGCACAAUCCGAUCCACUCCGAGUCAACCGAUCCACUGCAUAGUAUGGGCUAAGAGUUAUCUCCUCCCGGAACUAUUCGGCGUGAGCGAAGACGAGGCAGCUGAACUGGAUUCUUCAGAAGAUACGGAUAAUGCUGAAGAAAUCAAGAAGUUAAAAGAGGAGGCACAGGCCCUGAAGAAAAUCCGAGCCUCCAUGGGUUCAAACGACUUCGCAAAGCAGGUAUUCGACAAGGUAUUCAAAGAGGAUAUCGAGAGACUGGCGAAGAUGGAGGAUAUGUGGAAAGACAAGAAACCUCCAGAACCGCUUUCUUAUGAUGAACUUGAGCAACAAGCAACUAUGGUCGACUCGGGAGUAGCUCGAAAUGGCCAGGGAACAUGGUCCGUUGUCGAGAAUUUCGUCGUCUUCAAGGACAGUCUAGAUCGUUUAGUGAAACGGUUAUCACAGGAACAAGCGGCUGCGUCGAAGUCAGGGGAACUGCAGCCCUCGAUCUCUUUCGACAAAGACGACGAUGAUACGAUGGACUUUGUUACCGCAGCAGGUAAUCUACGAGCGAUAAUUUUCGGCAUCGAACCCAAGUCGAAAUUCGACAUCAAGCAGAUGGCAGGCAACAUCAUUCCCGCAAUCGCCACCACAAAUGCGAUGAUUGCCGGCCUUUGCGUACUGCAGGCAUUCAAAGUAUUCAAAGGCGAUUAUGCUCGGACUAGAUGGCUCUGGCUGGGGAUCGGUUCACUGCGCACUGACCAGUUGGAUUUACCCAACCCAGAGUGUCCUGUUUGCAGCGUUGCUAUGGCAAGAGUGCAAGUUGAUGUUGAAAGAGCCACGCUAGCAGAUUUGGUACAAGAUAUUUUGCGGACGAGACUGGGCUAUGGAGAAGAAGUGACAGUCAUGACUGAGGCCGGCGUGGUAUAUGAUCCAGACCUCGAGGACAAUUUGGAGAAAAAGCUUUCAGAUCUGAACAUUGGUGACGCAAGUUUCCUUCUCAUCAAAGAUGAGGAUGAUGAUCCCCGAGUCGACCUCCAAAUAGCCAUCGAAGCGAAGAAAGCAGCGGACGAAACCAAAGUGGUUCUCCUUGAGAAGGAAGGCGAAAAAUUAGAGAUUCCCCGGAAACCGAAGAAGCAAUCGGCCCCCGACGGUGGGCACGCCGAAGACGACGACGCGAAUGGCAUAAUUGUUACGAACGGCACAUCAAGCUCCACAACGCUUCCAAGCGGCAAGCGGAAGCGGCCUUUGGAUGAUGAAGGAGACGAGAGUGCUACACCGGCAAAGAAAUUGCAAGUCCCGUCUUCGGAGGUUGUGAAGAAUCUGGAUAUGCAGGCAAUUGUCAUUGACGACGACGACGGGGCGCUUGUGAUCGCAGAUGAUGAAUAGAUCGGUCCAGAAUUGUGGAUGGCUGCAUAAGCGCCAUGGGCGAUUUAUGUUGGACAGAGAUCCGGAAGACUUGGGAGGCCAUGUCGACGGUCAUUGAAAACAAUGCUUGGGUGGCUUAUGAAUGGCAGUGGAACGACAUGUGCCUGGACCCAGAUCUGAUGCAUCCUUCUUACUGCACACAGAAGACGAGCUUUUCACAGCACUUUACUCCUGUACUUUAGACUCGAGGACACACCUGUCGCUCGCAUUAUGAGAGGAAGCCGACGGGCUUGACGGAUCUCAACAUGAGCUUUUUGGAAAUCGAGCUCUUUUUUGGGAAGAGCUGACUUGCUAUUGCAACGAAUUAAGGAAGGGCGUGACCUGCCUUACGAGAGUUAAUUCAAUAGCAGAGACAUGAAUGAGAAGGAACAAGCGAAGAUAUGAAGAUAGACAGAUGUAGGCCACAGCCUGUGAUGGUAGACUGGAGUCUC